CUCGCUAAGAGCGCUCUUUCUUGUUUCCAUUCUGGAGAAUUCGAAGAGUGUAUCGGUAUUUUAGUUCAGCUCGAUCAGAAGAGGCCUAACGAUCUCCAGAUAUGCAGAUCAGCUCCUUCGCUUUUGAAUGAUUUGGAUACCUCUGAUUACUUAGCCCUGAAUCGUAAGAAAGAACAAGGGCUUUUGGUCUAUUUCAUCUGUGGAUGAACACUCUGAGUAGAUUUAUAACUACUUCCACUUUUAUAAGUUCGAAUGUUUAUAUCACUGCUAUCAUGCAGUAGUAUAUCAUUUGACUUUCCUGAUUUCUUUCAAGAAAAUGGUUUAUGUAUUGUUUUCAAUGAUCAAACAGGUUCUACACAAUAUGGCAAUUGCAAAGUACUUCAAGGAUGGUUGCUCGGAUUCAAAGGAACUGCUGGAAGAGCUUAACCGUGUCAAGAACCAGAGUGAAGAGCUUGCUUCUUCAACAAAAGAACUAGUGGAAGAGGCGAACCCUGAAACUAACCUCUAUGUGUCAGAGGAUCAACUUGAUAGUACAGUAACGAUUCUCAACAUUGCAGUUACCUGGUUUCAUCUCCAUCAGUAUACGAAAUCUUUAUCCAUUCUACAACCUUUGUUUCAAAAUAUUGAGCCACUAGACGAGACAACCGUACUUCGUAUCUGCUUCUUGUUGCUGGAUAUUGCACUGGCUUGUCGUGAUGCUGUUAAAUUUUUGGAUGUGUUUGACUAUGUGGACAAAGUUUUUGGUUUUGGUGUUGGUUUCGGAAGUCAAGAAGAAAACGGAAGCUCGAUGCAACUUUCUUCAAAUCAGGUAUCAACGACAUCUUCUUCCCUGAGCAGCUCGGUGGCCUACGAUACUUUGACGUCCGGUUUAACAGCCGCUGAAAGUGAAAAUCUAGAGUAUGACUCAGAAAUUGUGGUGAAGAAACGAAUGAAGCCAGUUGGCCAUAUUCCGACAAAAAAUCUUCUCACCAUAUUAGGUGAAAGGUCGUUCUCUACCGUUGAUCCCAAGCUUGAGUUGCAGCUCUACAAGGUCCGGUUUUUGCUUCUUACCAGAAACUUGAGUCUGGCGAAGCGUGAAGUUAAACAUGCAUUGAACAUUGCUGGAAUAAGGGACUCUUCUAUGGCUCUCCUCUUGAAAUCCCAGCUUGAGUAUGCUCAUGAGAAUCAUCAAAAGGUUUUAGAGCUUUUGGAUGUCUCCGAUAUUCAAAAAGAAGCAGAGACUUCAGGAAUCUUCAAGAACAACCUUGGUUGCAUAUACUAUCAGCUUGGAAAGUAUCAAGCUUCUGCUGUGUUAUUAUCAAAAGCUCUAAGGAGUUGUUCAUCCCUUAGAAAUGAGAAAAGAGUAAAGACGUUUUCUCUCUCACAGGAUAAAUCUGUGUUGAUCACAUACAACUGCGGUUUAGUUCAUUUGGCGUUGGGGAAGCCUCUAAUUGCUGCUCAGUGUUUCCAGAAGGCGAUCCCAGUUUUCUGCAGACAACCCCUCAUUUGGCUCCGUUUAGCUGAAUGUUGUAUAAUGGCUUUACGAAAGGGUCUUUUGAAAGAGGGAAACACUUCUCUAGGUAGAUCAAAAAUCAGACUCCAUGUAGCUGGGAAAGGAAAGUGGAGACAGCUUAUGAUGGAAGAAAAUGAAUAUGAGGAACUUGCUGGCAGUUCCCAAGAGGCAAAACUUUCAUUACCAUUAGCACGUGUCUAUCUCUCAAAUGGUAUAUAUCUGCUCAAUGAGUCUCUGUCGAAUGAUUCUAAAUCAGAUCUUAAAUCGACAUUAUUCGUGGGGAUGAAUGAGACCACAGAAGCAUCAUCCUCUAAUCAUGGGGAAGAGACGAACUCAGACUUGGAAGAGGCAAACGGAGAUAUCAACCAGGAUAUAAUUCAGAAAUCGAUCUCUGCUUUCAAGGAUGGUUGUCGUAGAGAAAAGCAAUUGAUCAAACAGGCUCUUCUUGCCAAUAUGGCAUACGUCGAAUUGGAGCUGGAUAAUCCUAUCAAUGGCUUGUCAGCUGCUAAUUCACUCUUGCAACUUCGAGAUUGUUCAAAGAUUAGUGCUUUCUUAGGCCAUGUCUAUGCAGCGGAGGCCCUCUGCUUGCUCAAUCGUCCCACUGAAGCUGGCGAACAUUUAUCUGGCUAUCUAGUUGGAGAGAAUGAUUUUGAUCUGCCAUAUGCACAAGAAGACUUUGACCAGUGGCGGAUGCACACAAGUUCUGAUUGUGACGAGACAGGGGAUCUGUCCACGGAAAAUGCCCAGGAUUCUGCUUUGCUUAAGCCCCAAGAAGCUCGUGGAGUACUCUUUGCAGAUUUUGCCGCGCUGCUUGCCACAAAAGGAGAUUAUGACCAGGCGAAACAGUUUGUAACGAAAGCAUUAACUCUCCUACCGAACAACGUAAAAGCUACAGUUACUGCGGUUUACAUCGAUCUAAUGUUAGGUAGGACACAAGAUGCCAUUACCCAGUUGAAACAGUGUACGGGUGUGAGCUUUGUUCCCCAGACCUAGUAGAAAUUAAUAUCAGAGGAUACGCUUUGUACAAGGUUUCUCUUUAAUUGCAUUCUUGACUUAGACUUGGUUCGUUAAGUGUUAGUCGAUUUAUUGCUUAGGAAAAACAGAAGAUUGGUUGAGCAAAACAGAAGUUUUUGUACCUAUGUUCGGUUCACCGCCGUACAUCUCUUGAAACAUCCAAUCUGUAUAUAAAUGGAAACCAACCUGAAGUAUUGUUUUAAGU